CCACGUCAAAAAAUCACAUCAUAGAAAAACAAAAGUUCCACAUUUCGUGUAUUUCUGUAUUAGCCUAAUUUUCAAGUAUAAUUGUGUACGUAAAUAUUAUCAGUAUGUUGUCCGUAGAUAGCAACAGAAUGCUUCAUGAAGAAGAUGAGGCUAGUGAAAAUGGAUCAGAUGAGUAUCCAAGGAUACCUGUGUCGUCGUUGGAUGGUCGUAAAGAAUGGACUUACACAAUGCGACGAAGCAUGCAGUAUCGUUAGAUCCGAGUAGAAAGAUUUCGAUUCUAUAUUCAACCGAAAAUGUUUUUGAUGUACCAGGAGGUAGUCCCAGGUCUGUACCUUGGCCCAUACAGUGCUGCAAGCCGCUCAAAAUUGCAAUCUUUACUGGAGCAUGGCAUAACUCACAUAGUUUGUGUUCGACAGGACAUCGAAGCUCACUUCAUAAGACCAAACUUUCCUGACACAUUUAAAUAUCUAAUAUUGGAUAUUGCUGACACUGCCACAGAAAAUAUAAUCCAGCACUUUCAAAGGGUAAAAACUUUCAUAGAUGAAAGUUUAAAAUCUGGUGGUCAAGUUCUAGUCCAUGGUAAUGCUGGUAUUUCUAGAUCAGCAGCAUUGGUCCUAGCCUAUGUUAUGGAGACAUAUGGUCUUACGCAAACGGAAGCAUAUGCAAUAGUACAACAAAGAAGAUUUUGUAUAAAUCCUAAUGAAGGUUUCAUGGCCCAAUUAAGAGAAUACGAACCAAUAUAUCAAGCACAAAAGACUUUGAGGAAUGGACAACAAAGUUCCGCAAGACAACGAAGCAAACGGACUAUCCAUCAAAUGGAUGCAGAACGUAAUGAAGACAGAUCUGAUGCAAUGGAUAGUUGAUAACCGAGAUCUAAGUACCAAAGUUACCAAAAGACUUACCAUAGACUAGCAACAUGAACUAUAGGCCUGAAACAGGUAGUGUGUUGGUUACCACCAUCUUCCUCAGUACACUGGACUAUGAAAUGUAUAUCCUUGUAAUGAUGGAUAUACCAAUGUAAUAUACUAAUUCCAAUGAGCAUCUCUUCAGAGAUUGUAAGAAAAAUACUUUAUAUGGGAAAUUAAGUUAAAGAUUUUUAUAGUACUCAUGUGCUCGACUUUAAACCAUGUUACCAACGCAGCUUCAAACAAAAUUCAAAAGCUUCAAGUUUCUUGGUACCUCUCCUACAACUAUCUUUAUACAUUUAGAAUUGUUCAAGAAUAACGCAUUGCCUGAAUAUAGUCCGUCCAUAUGGUUUCUAUGAUAGAACUAACUUCAGUUAGUGCGUCAGUCCUGAAUAACACUUAUAUGUAGAACGCAUCUUUUUACAAAUGUCGAAAAAAGCUCAUCCCUUCUUGGAUACUCUAUUUUUUAUUUAUUAUUCGUUUAAGUUGUUGUUAAUCACAUGUAAUAAAAUACAUAUGAUAUUUUCAA